AAGAGCUGUUUCGGAAGUUCCGGGCAUUAGCCUAUGUGGCGGGACGUGAGGCCACCAUGUUUGUUAAGGGAAGGGGACGCGGAGGAAGCUGACAAGUUUCCCUCUCGUCACUCUAUGCUCGCCACCUGAAGCGGGUCCUGGAUUAUGGCGGCUUCUGCGCCCACCCCGCCGGCGACUGGUUUUCCAGCGGAAGGUAGAUGCGGUUACUUUGUGGAAAAGAAGAAGCGGUUCUGCAGGAUGGUGGUGGCCGCCGGGAAAAGGUUCUGUGGCGAACACGCCGGAGCCGCGGAGGAAGAAAAUACUCGUAAAAGAAUCCUGUGUCCUUUAGAUCCAAAACACACAGUAUAUGAAGAUCAGCUAGCAAAGCAUUUGAAAAAAUGUAACGCAAGAGAGAAGCCAAAACCUGAUUUCUUUAUUCAAGAUAUUAAUGCAGGCUUAACAGAUGAAACAGAAAUACUCGAACAAUUAGUCCCAAUUUCUUCUCUAUCUGAAGAGCAGUUGGAAAACUUAAUUAAGAAAUUGAGGAAAGCAAGUGAAGGUUUGAAUUCUACACUUAAGCAUCAUAUUAUGUCCCAUCCAGCAUUACAUGAUGCCCUUAACGACCCUAAUAAUGGUGAUUCUGCAACCAAGCACCUGAAACAGCAGGCUUCUAUUUUAGGUAACAUUGAAAAAUUAAAGUUACUUGGUCCAAGAAGAUGUUUUGUUGAGUUUGGAGCAGGAAAGGGAAAAUUAUCUCAUUGGGUUGAUAUUGCCUUAAAAGAUGCUGAAAAAGUUCACUUCAUCCUUGUAGAAAAGGGGACCACAAGAUUCAAGGUAGAUGGUAAACACAGAAAGAAAAACUCAGUAUUUGAAAGACUGCAAAUUGAUAUUCAACACUUGUGUCUGAACAAAAUUCCUGUGCUGAGGGAAGGAAAACUACCUGUGGUAGGAAUUGGAAAGCAUCUGUGUGGAGUGGCAACAGAUCUUGCAUUACGAUGUUUGAUUGAAACCUAUGCUGCCAGUUGUGAGGAAAGAAAUGAAGAGCCUUUAGCCAAACGCAUAAAGAAUGAUAAAACAGAAAAAGAAAUUAACACUUUGGCCAAGGAAAGAAAUGAAAAUAUUGUUCCAGAGAAGUGGACCCCUGUGGCUGGCAUUGUUAUUGCACUCUGUUGUCACCACAGGUGUGAUUGGAGACAUUAUGUGGGCAAAGAAUAUUUCAGGACUUUAGGCCUGGGAGCAGUGGAAUUCCACUAUUUCCAGCGAAUGAGUAGCUGGGCGACUUGUGGGAUGCGGAAGACAUCUUUGGAAACCUCAACUAUGACCACACAGCCAAAGGGUAAUCAGAAAGAUGAUGAAGAGCAUGAUGAUGGAGGAUACAGGAUCACGGAUGACAGUGCUGAUAGUUUGCCUGGGCUUCUUACUGUUGAAGAAAAGAAGAAAAUAGGGCACCUCUGUAAAUUGCUGAUUGAUCAAGGCCGAGUCAAGUAUUUGCAGCAGAAAGGAUUCAGUCCUGCUUUACAGUACUAUACAGAUCCUCUGGUGUCUUUGGAAAAUGUGUUGUUAACCGCUUUACCAAACCAUUCAUCGCCAGAAACAACUGCUUAAUGGAAAAGAAAUUUGAACAGCAGCUGUCUUCCACGAAAAAGGGAUUUUUUUUAAUUAUAUUUUUAUACUCAUCACAAUACAGGUGUAAUUUAAAUAACAAAUAAUAUGAACUUUCAUAAAUUCUGUGGCCUCAUUAAACUUUGGUAAUAGCUUUGUUUUUUACUUCAGAAGAAGCCCAAACAUUAGGAAAUUCACCGAGUUCCCAAAGUAAUCUUCUUUAGCGGAUCAUCCUGAAUUAGAUUAUUCAGCUGGUAAAUUCGUCAAACAUUUGACUUGAUUAUCUGAAAUACACAUAACACAUUGAAACAUAAUUGGAGUAUUAUCUUUCUGUUUGCAUUCAUUUUAAAAAUUUAUUUUCCCUUGGAUUUAUUUAAUAUUAAUUUAUCAAUUAAUGAUCAGUUGUCAAUUUGUAUUGAGGGCCAAUCUGAGAAUUUGGCUUAUUUGAGGAUUUUUUCCAUGCCCAUCUGGAAAGAAUAAUCAAUUGUGAUUUUCUCAAAUGCAAAUUCAGAGCUGUUCACAGUUAGUAAAAUUUCCUUUAUAUUUCUAAAGCCAUACCUGCAUUUAUAUAUUAUCAGGAUUUGUCCAUGACAAACUCCAAAACUGAAGAGAUAUUUUCAAGAAAAAAAACUAUUUGAUUUCAUUCCUGUGUUAGCUAGAACUUCUAUAAAGAUACUUGUAAGAAUAAUAUAAAAUUUAGUUUGAAAUUUGCAAAUAGCUUCUGAAGUUAUUAGCUAUCUUGUUAUUUUUUAUCAGGUGUGUUUUUUUAAUAUAUGUAAGGAAUAACUAAUUCUCUCCUGUUGGAGAAAAGAAUUUGGGAUAAAGUAGAAAUUAGAUAAUGAAACCAAAAAUGUACUCACAUUUAGGUCUUAUUUAAUUCACAAAUAGUUUCUGCGCACAAGCAAAUAUUAAACCAAACAUAUUGGUAGGGCUGUUAUUCUCUUCUACAUUAUCCUUGACUUUUUUUCCUGCCUUGAUUUCUAAAAACUGCCUUAAUUAUUGGUACAUUUGCUAAGACAAAGGUCCAAAAUGAUACUUUUGGAUACUAUAAUGACAUCCUGAGUUAACCAUUUUGAUCUUGAAGGUCUGUGAUUACAUGGCUUAAAAGUAAAGAAGCCUAGCCCAUUUUUAAUUUGUCUUUAGCUUCCUCUUAAAAUAGAGAUGAUAACAAUAAAACCUACCUCAUAAGGUGGUUAUAAGCUAAAAGGGAGAUAUAACAAAGUAAAAUGCUUAGAACAGUUCAAAGCACAAAGUACUUAGUAAAUAAUAACUAGUAGUAGUAAUUCAUGACUUCAAUAAUAUAAUGAGCAGGCUUUGGGUUUAUGAUCUCUUAAGUUGUUAAUGCUUUUUCUCUUGUUACAAGUUUCAUGUCAAAUAUUACUAAAAAUAAGACAAUUUGUUAUUUUUUAAAUGAGUUAUUCAUGCCUCCCAAUCAAGAACAUAAAUAAUGACAAUACAUCAUUCAGUAAUCACCGCUCUUUUUCUGCGUCAGGCAAUGCUGAUUUCUGUCAUAAACUUUGUUAUAAUUCAAUAAUUUAUGCCCAGAAAUAAAGGAUAUUCUGUGGCAGGCAUAA